CUUUGAUUUUUUAUCUGUAUCCGGCCUUCGCUCGCAGCCUACGUCGUUUAUGGACGCUAUUUGAUUUAUAUCCUUUCUUCGAUUCGAUUACUAUAUCAGUAUUAGUUUUCUGAAACCAUGUCCAACGACUACGGUUUCAACAGCGAUGAUUCUCCUAACAAAACGAACUCACACCUGCAACUUCCUAGUCCUAUUAUUACUCGCCGAAACCGGACCGCCUCGACAUCUGAGCGAGCUCUAGGAAACCCAUUAGAAAGCGGUAAAAUUAAAUCAUUUUGUCGGGCGAAAGGUCAUGGCUUUGUGACGCCUGAAAAAAGUGGCGAAGAUAUAUUUGUACACAUCUCUGACAUUGAAGGUGAGUAUGUUCCUCUGCCUGGUGACGAAGUAAUUUACCGCCUAUGCCCCAUCCCGCCUAAGUUCGAAAAGUACCAAGCUGUUCAUGUGCGCAUAGUGCACCUGACUCCAGAGAAGCACCUCAAGUGGGAUGAGCCCCCGCUGUAACCGCCUAAGAACAGAUUUGCCCAAUAAUUACACUUUUGUUUUUGCGUUUAUCUCCCUUGCCAUAUCAGUCCUCCAUGUUUUAAAUGGUUUUUUUUUAGAAGAACUUGUUUUCUGUCUUGUUUAGAUAAUAUUAUUUUUUGUUCAUACCCAGCAGCCCUCGGAAUCUCCUUUUAAUAAUUUGAACCCAUUUAAGGGUCCUGAAUGAAACAAACAUUUCUUUACACUAUUCUGUAUAAUAGAAGUUAUUUGAGAUGAACAUAAUUUGCAAAAGCUGUUUUUACAAUAUGAAAUUUCUUUCUUAGAAAGUAAGUUUGUUUAUUCUACAUCUACAAGUUUGUUUAUUGAACACUACUCUGUCAAUGUUCAUUUCAGAUAAUACCUACCAUAAUAAUAUUAUCUAAAGUGACAGGAAACUGGCCUAAUAAUCUUAUCUGAGACAUGAUCUCAUGACACUUAACAUAAAACAACUAAAGUCACAUUUUGUUUGAACAAAAUAAUGUAUUUAAGGUUGUAUCGCUAUAUUAUAUUGCACAACAAAUUCAGUACUGAAAAAGUGAGAAGCCAAUAUUGUGGUGCUAAAUUUUUGAAGGUUUUACCAUCAUCUUAAGAUUUUGAUAUCAUUGUAGUCAUACAGAGUGGGUAACGGCUUCUUGCGUGUACUAUUAGAUGUGUAGUUGGACCACUAUCAAUCUGAACAUGAAGUAUUUUUUUUUUAUACAGGUGGUAAACUUUGGAUGGGUCACAAAUACUAGAGACUGGUUCUCUUUCUCCUAAGAUCAUUUCAGUGUUUAAGCAAGAGACAAGCUUAUGACUUUUGACAUAUUUAAGGUUUCCACUCUGUAUAACUUUUAAUUUCAUUGUUUAUCUAUAACAUUCCUGUCUUUGAGACUUGUUCCCUGAUGCAGUUAUAAAAAUAAAAUGAAAACUAUAUUAAUGAUGGUUAGUGAGUUGGCAACUUUGUGUUGUGGUCUAACUUGCACAAAAAAAUGAAGUUUAUAAUUAGUAAUUUAAUUCAAAUGAAUUAUUUGGCCUAAAUGUAGCUUUAUAUAUAACCUGAAGUCAGUGUCUUAUGUUGCAUUGUUAAUUUAUUUAAAUGUAGACUGUAGCCACAAGAGAAAGAAAUGGAUCCAGACAUGACAUUGCAAAAGUGAUUUAUCCUUAUCUGUAGAUUGGCUAAAUGUUACUAAGUAUAUCGGUUUAAACAUUUUUAUUACUCAUAACUCAUAAAGAACAAAAGUUAACUUAUAAUGGGCUUAAACUAUAAACAAUUUACAAUUACAUCCAGCUAGUCGAUGAUACUUAAUAUAAUUUAUCACUGAUAUAUAUACAUAUAACAUCUAUUUCGGUUUAUAAUUUAUACCAUAGGUAUAAUUAUUGUAGUAGUAUGACUACUUAGAAAAAUAAAUCAGAAUAUUUAAUAAAAUAAAUUAUUUGUUCCCUUAGUUGUCUGUUUAUGUUUCUUUCCUCUUGUGAUGUAGUAUAGCACAAAUCAAUUGUGCCGCUAUUUGUGAUAGGAUAUCAAUCAAAGAUCUAACGUUAUCACUACAUUAAGAUGUAUUUGCAAAUGUGUUUAAUUUUAUAGGUGUUGGUUCUUUACUUGUACAGUCAAAUGUAAAAAUAUGGGUGUACACAUCUUACUCAAAAAUAUGUCCCAUAGCAUCUUAUUCCAGUGUAAUAAGAGCGUAGUACCAUAUUCAUGAGACGAUUUUUUCGAUACAUAUUUUUGCACUUGACUGUACUCUUAAAAAAAACGAUCAAUGAAUUUAAAAACGAUAAUAAAUGUAAUACCCGUUUUAUACCUCUUACCAUUCCAAAACGCAUUUUACAGUAUUCAAAUAUAUCAAGCUAAUGUGAAUGAAAAUUACGAACAAUUCAAUGAAUUAUUAAUGUGUUUUUAAUAUAUUUAAAGUUUUUAAUUAUGGGUGGGUUGCCAAUAUAUGCCUCUGAUUCUAAUAUACGUAUAUAGAGAAUACGUAAAUAAACGUUUUGUAGUAUUUUUGGGUUAUAUUAAAACAGUUAUUAAUGGUUGCAAUAACCCGCCCUUAUUGCAGUAUUUUAUUUGUAAUUCUCCACUACUUUUGUAUGCCAUGCUUGAGUUAGCAAACCUUACUUAGUAUUAUAAUUAUAGAUAUGACAGCGAAUAUAGUAUCUAUGUAUAAGCAA